GCCUACGAUCUAUAGUUUCAUAUCCAAUCUCAACUUUUCCCAAAUCACCAACGAAACAUACAAUCAGACUACAUCCAAGAUGCUCUUCACAACUGCUGUGUUGACCUCCUUUGUUGCUGCGACGGCAUUCGCGCACCCAAGCCCCGAAUACAAAACCACCAAAGCCGAAGCACCAAAGACCUUUGGCCUGAUCACCAUUCGCUCGGGCUCAGGCGUCCAGAAUUCUGGUGUUCAAGCCAGUCGUGGCAGCCUUCUCGUCAACCUCCAAUCGCAAAACGCCACCUGCGAGAAGGAAUCCAACUUUGCGACCUUUUUCAUCGAGAACGAAGAGUUGAAACUUUAUGCCGCAUGGGCCAAACCCCAGACCGUCUAUGUCGAUCGAUCAGGAAUGGGCCAGGGCAAGAUUGGCUACUCUAGCUGUGCGGAAGUGUCAUUGCCCAGGAAUGCAGAGACAAAGGGCUGGAAGAUCACAGACGGUGGUCUGACCUUCGGAGACAAUGGUGUGCAGGCGUGUCCCGGAGCAUUGGACGGCGGAUGGAGCUUGUGGCUCACGGGUGUCGCCAAACCGGGCGGCCUCGAGAACUGUGUCGGUGUGAAUGCAAAGGUUAUUGAUACAACCACUCCAGUCGGAUGCCGUUAUACGGAAUCUUAAGGGGAAUGGUUAGGAAUAGAGACCACAACUAAUGACGAGAUUUUGAGGAGACACGACGCUUGUUGAUUUUACAUUUACAUCUUUGUACAUACACACAUUCCUUUUAGACAUGACAAUUAGCC